AUGUCUUCAACGUCUUCAGCAUCCUUUAUGGGUCAAGAGAACUUGAAUGCAACACACCUGUGGGAUGGCCUCCUGCCCUGGCAAUCUCCAUCAGCAAAUUGGAACUCUACUCUUCCUGCUUCUAUAAAUGCGCCCAUUGAUGUCUCCCUUUCCCCGCCUCAUGCUUCCACAUCCUUGCUGCCAUCGCUUCUCAUUGCCACUCCUUCACAGCAAUCCAUGUCCAGCUUCUCACUGCCUCAGGUAGAUAUGGGAUCGCCACCUUCCCAGCAAGUUGUGCCAAGGAGGACUAGUAGUCGACACCAUUUGGAUGAGAGAUGUCCAAGUGUCACAGCACCAGCAGCAUCAACAGUGUUAGCACCAUCAGCAACACGCCAUAGCCUACAAAAAAAGCAAUGUCGCCUUCGCAAAAAUAGUGGGGGAUCUAACGAACCUGCCAAGUCCAAACAGCCGUGUCCGAGGGGGGGUGUCUCAUUUGCAUUGUCAAGGAGAGAUGGUGGUGGUGUUUGGAGAAGACAAACUAGUCCUUGGCUCAACUCUAGCGAGAAUGGCAAUGCCAUCAUUGCAACUUUGGCGUCUGCGCACUGGGACUCGGACAUCCAUAACCCCAGUAUUCGGAUUGAUAGCAUAAAGUCGGCAAUGGAGGGGAGUGAGUAUCUGGAUGAGAGCUUGGGUUCCGUAGUGCAGAGGUGUAGGGCUGGUGACAAAAUGUCAGAGUACACUACACUUUCUCUAGCAUUAAACUCUGUACCCGACAGUCUCUCAACAGUAUUUACAAUACAGAAGUCGCCCAUCUCCCCACAAAGCCCAGCAAACAAACUUUUCAAGACUGGCAUUCAAUUGGCAGUAAAUUUGCUGCAAUUGCCGGAGGCAGGACUUGGUCUCAGGAUAUCCAUUUCCGGAAUGGAGGGCACCCUGCCAUGGGACUUGGCCAACCUUCUACAAUCUCCCAUCCCUGGAACCGUGGAGGGUGAUCUGAUAAUAAAUCAUAUCAUACCCACUAUCAGUCGCAUGCACCAUCUGUUUCCAAUCAGUAUGGCCUCAAUGUUCUCCCCAUCAAUGGUUUCAGAACACCAAGUUGCUCGGGAGUUUGAUUGCACUGACAUUGCAUCCUCCGACAGAUUUAUUGACUCGGUGAUUUUUAACAAUUUUACACUACACAAUCAAAAUGCUCAACAUUGGGUGUCAUGUUACGAUACUAUUGUUGACACCAGCCUUAACCCGCCUAUCCCGCUCCAUCAGCUUGGCUAUGAGCUCCUCGCACCAAUGACAUUUUUCCUCCCUAGACCUUACAGCCCUCCUCUAUCAGAUUCACAAGACUAUCUGGAAUCUUCAGAAGAUGAUGGUGAAGAUGGACAUCCAACUGUUCAGCAAAAAGGCGCAGAAAAGGAGAAGAUACAUGAUCAUCAAGCCAACAAUAUCUGGAUGGAGUGUGAACAAGAGCGUGCUGAGAAGGGCAACAGAGUUAAUGACAUACAUGAUUUGCAAUCACAGCUCCGCAAGCAAUACAAAGAAGGAAUGAAGAUAUCUGAUGACAUCUACAUUUGUAUCCCCAUGGAUGCUAUUCCCAGCUCCCUGGUGGAUAUCCGUAACUCUGAUGAGACACUAAUGGCAUUCAUCUGCACGAGUCUUCCAGCAAAAAUACAAAAUUCUCUUACAGACAAUUUACUAGCAGUGUUUGGGACCCCAGAUCUAUUGACAAAGAAGAACACUAGUGUCGAUGCUGACUCUACCUUUCAAGCACUUUACUUGUCAUGGUACAACUGCCACUGUACCAAGGGUCAUGAAGCUCUGUCUGAUAUCCCUCCUUCUAUGCUUGACAAAGUUGGCUGUGUACAUACCAACCACAGCCAGAUGAACCCAUACAUCUUCAAGGACGUCAAAGACAACCAGAAAAUGUUUCAGUCCCUCAAGGUCAUCUUUGAAGAGCUGUUUAACUGGAUACAUGGUAUUACGCAAACCCACCUGCCUGAAGAGUGCCAGAUGCUUGAACAAAUUGUGUCCAUCUUACCAGGAAACCAUGACUCCCCAGCCUCCCCCUUCCUCUCACUGGUCAUCAAUAUCAAUGUACAGACAAAGGCUCACCAUGACAGCAAGGACCAGGAGUUUUGCCUGGUUCUCCCCAUUGGAACAUUCAGGGGGGCAGCUCUUGUGAUGGUUGAGGACUUUGCAAUUUUCAGGUCAUCUGAUAUCACUCAUCUCAACCUUUGUUAUGAAGGUAAACGAGCAUCUAUAUUACUUCAUACUGAUCAUGGAUUUGUUUCAUGGGCUGCUGAUAGAAAUAGCUGGCAGGAAAAUGAAGCCAUGAGGACCUUUGCAUAG